GUAGCUGAAUGAAAAAACUAAAGACAAAAACCCUAUAAAUAAAAUCCCAUUAAACAAUAAUACAAACUCAACAAUCCCUCUCUUUUUCAAUGGAGUCGAUUUCCUCUUCAAUCGUCAACACUCCUUUACCUUCUUCUUCUUCCGCUUAUUCAUCCUUCAACUUAACAUCCAAUAAGCGAAUUGGAUUUCUUAAAUUAUCCGACACUGGCUCUAAUUUUGGCGGUGCUGGGCUUCGUAUUCAUUCCUUGGCGCGUCAAUUGCCCAGUGAAGAAAGUGAAGACAAGAAGGCUCUGAAUAAUGGGUUUGGUUUGCUUUCUGGAGAUAACGUCUCUUUAUCUCAGACAAUUACUGGCUGUAUCAAAAGGCUACUCUGGCUUAGUAGUGAUGGCCGCUCUCAUUUUUUGAAGGGUAAUUUGGAUCACAGUCAAAGUAAUGAAAAGGAUGAAGAUAAAAUAUUAGAGGUGGAGUCCCCUCUUCUCUCUCCUCCUCAUGGAAGUGGAAGUGGAACAGGAGCUGUUGGGGGAACAAGAGCUGGACUUUUUAGAACUCCAAUAUCUGGUGGAGUGCAGAGUGCAACCUCAGCUCAUGGUUUACCUCGACCAGCCUUGGCAGUUCGCAAUCUGAUGGAGCAGGCCAGAUUUGCUCAUCUUUGCACUGUAAUGUCUCGGAUGCACCACCGGCGAGAAGGUUAUCCAUUUGGGUCCCUUGUAGAUUUUGCACCUGAUUCAAGUGGGCAUCCAAUGUUUUCCUUUUCACCACUGGCCAUCCAUACACGGAAUUUGUUAGCUGACCCCAGGUGCACACUUGUUGUGCAGAUACCGGGUUGGAGUAGCUUAUCGAAUGCAAGAGUUACAAUUUUUGGGGAUGUCUUCCCACUUCCAGAGCACCAACAGGAGUGGGCUCAUAAACAAUACAUAGCAAAACAUCAACAAGGGCCUUCCCAACAGUGGGGGAAUUUCUACUACUUCAGGAUGCAGAACAUAAGUGACAUAUACUUCAUUGGAGGCUUUGGCACUGUUGCUUGGGUUGAUGUCAAGGAAUAUGAAACCCUCCAGCCUGACAAAAUAGCUGUUGAUGGAGGCGAGCAAAAUCUGAAGGAACUCAAUGCAAUAUUUUCUAAGCCGCUAAGAGAACUGUUAUCCAUAGAGACUGAGGUAGAUGAUGCUGCCCUCAUAUCAAUUGAUAGCAAAGGAACUGAUAUUCGUGUCCGUCAAGGUGCUCAGUUCAAUAUACAGAGGGUAUCUUUUGAAGAAGGUCAUACAGUUGAAACGUUGGAGGAAGCAAAGGAUGCCCUUUGGAAAGUAAUUAAAAAAGGUCGGGUAAAUAACUUACAAACAUAGAAGUUGAAGUGCUCAUAACGCUCGGUUCCCUACCUUCCUGAUAAGCAUAAAGGCAAGUUACCAGAAUUUGUAACUUGACACAUUUGAGAAAGUCACUAAUUUUCUUCUUUUCUUGUUUGUUGUGGGUUUCCCUUGUCAUUUUAUGACUUAAAAAAAUUAUAGCUAUAGAAACUUGUGUAUUUACAUAAUAAACAAGCCAUUGCUAACCCCUCUCUGCUUUGUUUUUGUUACAUAUGUGAGAUUUGAUGCAUAUAUUAGAUAAGCUUCCUUGAACCA